UUUACUAGCUACACUGUUACCCUUGACAAGUGUAGCCUAUAUAGUCCAGUGGGGAUAAGCGAUUUUAUUUGUCUGUGUUUAAAACUGCUGAUCGUCCAAGAGAAAGUUGAAAUCACAAGUUUAUUAUUACGGAGGAACUAUAGAUAGUAAAGAAGAACUAUAGCUGCCAGCACAACGAUGCAAAAGGCUCUGCAAGGAUUCCCUCGUGGGAUUCGCAUCCCCAUGCUCCUGUUCUUCCUUUUACUAAUAGUGCUCGUGUGUGUCAUCUACUCUUUCCACUCGUCAUCGGACAAAGUGCAUCAACUUGUCGGGCAAAUCGAGAAGUUGAUCGAAACUGAGCGUGCUGAACAAUUACUAUCUAUUAAAGAAGAGCAACCAGCAGAACAGCAAGAGGAGCCGCAAGAGCCUGCUCCGUCAGCACCGAAAUACAAUUUGAUGGAGGAAACUUAUGGGAGGAACUGGGCCAAAACGGCAUCAGAUGAGUAUUUGCCUUCCUCCGAUUGCACCGUAGAGUACGCCAACGAGAAACAAUUGCAACAGGACCAUCCGUGUGUCAUUCGGCUCAUUCGAGACCAAUACCUGCGCCAGCCAGCGCCCAGAGAUCAGCCGUACCAGUUAGACCAUCCUAACAAAAAAGAUCCCUCCGACGGACAAUCCAAAGACAUCAUCAAAAUAUUAAAAAAUAAAACUGAAGGCUUUUUCGUCGAGUGUGGCGGAUUCGACGGCGAAUUCCUGUCCAACACUCUAUUCAUGGAGCGAUACCUCGGCUGGAGUGGAUUGCUCGUAGAAGCUAAUAAGAAAUCAUUCGAGAAACUCAUUUCUCGCAACCGAAAGGCCUUCAGUUUACCGACCUGCCUCAGUACCAAACCUUAUCCGAUACAGGUUACCUUUGAUAGUACUCUUGGGUCUGGAAGUUCUAUCGUUGAAAAAGCCGAAAAAGGAGAGGCCAAGAAUGCAGAGAACAUUUACACUGUCCAGUGUUUCCCAUUCUAUUCCAUCCUGCUGGCAAUUGGCAGAACCGAUGUCGACUAUUUCGGACUGGACGUCGAAGGGGCCGAGUACAAAGUGCUGGAAACCAUACCUUGGGAUAAAAUCAACAUCAAGACUUUGACGGUGGAGUGGAAUCACAUCCCGGAAGGAGAGCCCGCCUUAACUCGUUUGAUGGAGAGCAAGAAAUUCAAAAAGUCUCACAUGAUUAGUUUUUAUUACAGCCACGAAGUAGCCUACGUUCAAGACUCGUACGCGGCUUACUUAUGAGGAUGUCAAUUUGAAACUCAAACCUAUCGAAUAAAACGAGCAAUCGUACACCAAAAACAAAAUGUAUGGAAAAAUUUAAAAAAUAGCGAAAUAAUAACCGACCUACUAUACCGCUAGCAAUAAAAAUGAAAACAAACAAACACCAGAAUCAGGUAACGGAGAUCAAAUUCUGUAUUGACACUUUUCGGAAAUGUAGGGAAUGAACAACGUUUCAAAAAAUCCUCAAUCGAGAAAUAAAGAAAUCAAAAAAUUA